GCCGUCGCCGUCGCGCAGAGAGCUGAGGAAAGCGGAGCCGAGAUGAAUCUUCUAGAUGCAAGAGAACCUGGAGUGAUGUAGUCAUUUGCCAAAUCUCACUGAAGCUUAUCCCUUUGACAUCUUCAGACACUUGUGCUGUCCCAGGCAGACAGAACAGCAGCAGCAUCAUGGAGAGAUGGCACUGAAGCUUCUGAGAGUCCAUCCUUUGUCCCCAGAAGUCUGAUUUUGAAGCUGGGUCACCUUCCAUUUAUUACUCAGCACACCCCCCAUCCCCAGUGAUUCUGUCUGGAGUUGCCUGCAGAAUGUACCUUCCAAGCUGACAAUGUCAAAGUUAAGAGCUGGCUUCAGAAUUCCAUCCCAGGCCAGGGUGUGGGAUGGCAGACAGGUUAGCAAGCAAACUCUGUAGAGGGGACUGGAGGAUCUAGCUACUCUUUACGUCCAUCCUGGCAGCCUGGGGCCCUUCUCCCUGGCAUACCAACACCAUGGAUUCCCCAGGGUACAACUGCUUUGUGGACAGAGACAAAAUGGAUGCUGCAAUUCAGGACCUGGGGCCAAAGGAACUAAGCUGCACUGAACUGCAGGAGCUAAAGCAGCUGGCACGCCAGGGAUACUGGGCUCAGAGCCACGCCCUGAGGGGAAAGGUGUACCAGCGUCUGAUCCGGGACAUCCCCUGCCGCACAGUCACACCUGACGCCAGUGUGUACAGUGACAUUGUGGGCAAAAUUGUGGGCAAGCACAGCAGCAGUAGCCUGCCCCUGCCAGAGUUUGUGGACAACACCCAGGUGCCCAUCUAUUGCCUGAAUGCUCGGGGCGAGGGUGCCGUGCGCAAAAUCCUCCUGUGCAUUGCCAACCAGUUCCCUGACAUCUCCUUCUGCCCAGCCCUGCCAGCUGUUGUGGCCCUGCUACUUCACUACAGCAUUGAUGAGGCUGAAUGCUUCGAGAAAGCCUGCCGCAUCCUGGCUUGCAAUGACCCCAGCAAGAAGCUAAUUGACCAGAGUUUCCUGGCCUUUGAGUCAUCCUGUAUGACAUUUGGGGACCUGGUAAACAAGUACUGCCAGGCGGCCCACAAGCUGAUGGUGGCUGUGUCAGAGGAUGUCCUGCAGGUCUACUCUGACUGGCAGCGCUGGCUGUUUGGAGAGCUGCCCCUCAACUACUUUGCCCGUGUCUUUGAUGUCUUCCUGGUGGAAGGCUACAAGGUGUUAUACCGUGUCGCUCUGGCCAUUCUCAAGUUCUUUCACAAGGUGAGAGCUGGUCAGCCUCUUGAGUCAGACAAUGUAAAGCAGGACAUCCGCAUGUUUGUCAAGGAUAUUGCUAAGACGGUGUCCCCUGAGAAGCUGCUAGAGAAAGCAUUUGCCAUCCGUCUCUUCUCCCGCAAGGAGAUCCAACUCCUGCAGAUGGCCAAUGAGAAAGCACUGAAGCAGAAAGGUAUCACGGUCAAGCAGAAGAGUGUCUCACUUUCUAAAAGGCAGUUUGUGCACCUGGCCGUCCAUGCAGAGAACUUCCGCUCUGAGAUUGUCAGCGUGAAGGAGAUGAGAGAUAUCUGGUCUUGGGUCCCUGAGCGGUUUGCCCUUUGCCAGCCCCUUCUACUUUUCUCCUCAUUGCAGCAUGGGUACAGUCUAAGCAGGUUCUAUUUCCAGUGUGAGGGACACGAACCUACCCUCCUGCUCAUCAAGACCACACAGAAGGAGGUGUGUGGAGCUUAUCUAUCAACAGACUGGAGUGAGAGAAACAAGUAUGGAGGCAAACUGUCCUUCUUCGGAACUGGAGAGUGCUUUGUGUUUAGGCUGCAGCCAGAGGUACAGCGUUACGAGUGGGUAGUCAUCAAGCACCCAGAGCUUACCAAGCCCGUACCCUGCACAUCCUCCCACUCCAGCUGUUCAGACCCAGCUGACCGACUCUCACCAUUCCUGGCUGCUCGGCACUUCAACCUGCCCUCCAAGACUGAGUCCAUGUUCAUGGCUGGGGGCACUGACUGCCUCAUCAUCGAGCCUGAAGCUCUUGGUGGGCCUUUCCUUGCUGCAAGUCCACCUGAAGAGGUGGCCCCAGGAGGGAUUUUCUUUGAUCAACCUCCCAAACAGCCAGUGCCAUUCCCAGAGGCCUGCCCAGAGAUGCCUGGACUCGCUGUGGCUUCUCAGCCCUCCUCUUUCCAUCUCCGUGGCCUCCUUGAGCCUCCCACAGUCUCUACAGUCAUCCUGUUUUCCCCUCUUGACACAAUGGCCACCAGGCCAGGUUCAAACUCGGACCCCUCAGCAUGGAUGCUUGCCUCAGUCCUGCCCUUCCUACUUCUCUUCAUUGGGCCCUGCACUUCCCUAGGUCCUGCCCACAUAACACCUCCUGGUCUUCUCUGCCUACUACAUCCGUUCUCUAUAUGCCUCUCCAGCACUGUGGCUGGCCACAUGUCAUGGUUUUCUGUGUGCUGCCCCCUCCCCUUAGAUCCUUCAGGCCCCUGGGCAUCUGUACUGCCUGAGCCCUGUGCUGACCUUGUGCAUGGCAGGUGCCAAGGGAAUACUUCUCUCUGAGCACUGCAGGGAGUAUACCUCCCUGUACCCUCCCAUUCUGCCCUGUGAACUCCCUCAGCCAGUCCUGAGGGUCUGGACACCAGAGAGAAGAGGGGAGAAGCAGUGACCCAAGUGGAUGUUGGGCCAUUGAGACCUGGGAAAUAGGACAGAUGCCUAGUCCCACCUGGCUGCAGCCAGCACCUCUCAUUGUCACUGUGCACUGCACUAAUGCCUCUUCCAACACCAUGCUUACCCUUCCUGUGAGGGGUUCAUCCCCUUUUGCCUGUCUAGUCAUGUCUCCUCUGAGCUGGGUAAUGGUGUACAGGAGCAGUACAGGAACCUUAUGUGGCUUUGGGUAAGCUGAUAAACUACCUGGAGUUCAAGUUUCCCACCUUGAGAUGGGGCAGUUCUCCUGCCAUGCUGUCCUCUUGGACAGGGGAAUCACAUGAAUCCCUCUUCAGGGGAGAGGUGCUAAGAGGUAGUGACAUUGCUCCCCCAGGGUGCCACAGCCCUUACUGUCCRCCCCCUUUUUUUUUGAGCCCCCCACUGUCCAGACCUGUAACCUACUAUGUUGUUGUUCAUUAAAUACAG